AAACUUUAAAAACACGAGCACGAGGCAGCAUUUUUCUAAAACUAUAGAAAAAUACCGAGAAACCCAACAGAAUGCCGAAAGCAAAGGGCAAUAUAGACAAAUUAAAACAUCCGAACAGUAGAAAAACGUUGAAUCUUGCAAAGCAAAUGAAGAAAAGUGAAAAAAGAGAUCAGAAGAAACUUGGUACUCACAUCAAACAGAACAUGACUGGAGAGAAAAUUCUCUGGUUUAAGGAAAGAAUACCGGAAAACUGCACUGUUUUAACCAAGCAACAAGUGUUAGAGCUUAUUCAAACGUAUUUAGCUAGAUUUGACGAGGAACUGGAACAGAUAAUGCUGAAGAAUUCUGUAGGUCAGAGAAAGACUCGUCAGCAUGCCAGUAGGGAAGAUAUCAUCAAUAUAACAAAGAAGAGGGAGUUAGAUGAAUUUGAAACUUGUGGUAUGGAGAUGCCUGACCUCAUGGAUCAGUCACAAAUGGAAGUUUUAAGAAAUUGGAAUGGUGAACUAAGGUUCUUGCAAAACUUUAAAUUGAAGAGAUUUGCUAAGAAACAUUUAAUAUAAGUUUAAAAGA